UCGGGUUCCGCCGGAUGAAUAAAGUCCAACUACUGUCGUACGUAUACCUCAGAGUUCAGAUUGAUUUGGGGAGAAACGCGAGUGUUUCAAUUAAUUGGCCUCUUCAGCUUUAAAGAGAUAAAGCGAUUGUAGCUAACUUUUAAGCCUAAUAUUUGCAAGAAUAAUGCCUGUGAAAAAAAGAGUGUGUAUUAUUGGUGCUGGCCCUAGUGGCAUGUCAGCAAUGUAUCAUUUUGAUAAGUUAAAAAAACAAGGAACAGAAAUCCCAGAGGUGGUUUGUUAUGAGAAGCAAUCUAACAUUGGUGGUUUGUGGAACUAUACUUGGAGGACAGGAACUGAUGAAUUCGGCGAAGUCGUUCACAACAGCAUGUAUCGAAACUUAUGGUCUAACGGUCCGAAAGAAGCUUUGGAGUUUCCUGACUACACAUUUGAUGAACAUUUUGGUAAACCAAUUGCCUCCUUUCCACCUAGGGAAGUACUUUAUGACUACCUUAAAGGUCGUUGGUCGAAAGCUGAUGUUCGUUCAUGGAUCAACGUAAAUCACAAAGUACACGACGUCCAAUACAGUGCUUCGGCCGAUAAUUUUAUCGUGCAGGUUAAAGACCUGGCAAACGAUCGUUUUCUUCCCGCUGAAACCUUCGAUUACGUCAUAAUUUCUACUGGGCACUACUCCGUGCCACACCUACCUGAUUUCCCCGGGCUAAACAAGUUCCCCGGACGAGUUAUGCACGCUCAUAAUUUCCGUGAUGCUAGAGAAUUCCAAGGCCAGCGUUUGCUACUGAUUGGCGCAAGCUACUCCGCGGAAGAUAUCGCCCUGCAACUGGCAAAGUACGGGGCUGGUAAUAUCAUUUGCACGUACCGUACUCGGCCUAUGGGCUUCAAGUGGCCAGCUAACAUCUCUGAGCGUCCCCUAUUGCUCAAAGUAGAUGGGAAAACGGUUCACUUUAAAGAUGGAAGCACUGCCGAAGUGGAUGCGAUUAUCUUGUGCACCGGUUACCUUUAUUCUUACCCGUUUCUCAAGGACGACAGUCUACGGCUCAAAACUAGUAAUAUUUUGUACCCCGAUGGUCUGUAUAAAAAUACGCUGUGGAUUAAAGGAGGUAACAAGAAACUUAUGUAUAUCGCAGCGCAAGAUCAGUACUAUACUUACACGUUGUUUGAUGUCCAAGCAAAAUGGUGUGUUAAGUACAUCAUGGGUGAAAUUUCACUUCCAAGUCAAGCUUCCAUGGAGGAGGAUGUUAAGAAAUGGAUGAGCAGAAAUGAAUCCUUGAAAGAUUGUCACGAUGAAAUAGAUUUUCAAGCUGACGUUAUUGCCGAUAUUGGCAAAGAUGCCGACUACGGUUAUGAUCUAAACGUUAGUUAUAUGUUCCACGUUUGGGAAGAUCAUAAGCACGAGGAUAUCCUGACUUACCGUGAUCAUUCUUUUACGAGCAAGUAUACUGGCACGACGGCACCAGUUCAUCACACACCAUUCAUGAAAGCGAUGGAUGAUUCAAUGGAGUGCUUUCUGCAUGGAGGGGGCAUGCAAAAAUAGUUAAGAAAAAGGCCGAACUUUAGGAUUCAAUCAUAUACAGUAUAGUCUAUAGAACGAUUAAUAAUUUAAAAUUUAUUUACAUAGCGAAAUUUAAUUGAACUUUAAGGUUUUCACUCACUCGCAAAAAAAAUCUCGCAAGCUCGCUGCGAG